UCUCUCUGCUCGCUGCCGUGUAAAAGUCAGCUUCUUCCUCUUAUAAUAUAUAUUGCUUUCCCUCUCUUUCUCCUGCAGGCUCCUUAAGAAACUACUACUACUACUACUCUUCUUAGGUUUGAAGAAGGGCCCCCAGUUCUCUCACCCUGUUCUUGUUGAAGGCUUGCGCUCCUUCCACCUGAUCUCUCUCUCUUGCUUCGAGAGCAAGAAGAAGAAGAGAGAGCUUACAGAUAGGAUCAUGGAGCUGGGCAUUGGGUGCAAUACUAUCAGGAAGUGGUUUCCUCUAUCCUAAUCGAACUCUUUGGCGUCGCUACCUGGCUGGCUAGAGACAUGUGUGACUACUUCUGGCACAGGAUGGAGAACGACUCCGGUGAGCUCGCCGACAUAGUGCGAGCUGGAGGCCGAAGCGGCCCAUCGAACACCGAAUUCGAGCCGGUCGCUGCCGAGUGGCGGCUUCCUUCCCACCCGCCGGUGUUCUUUCCUACGAGGGCUGAGAUCCCUACCAACACCUUCGGGGAUCCGUUCGUCAACCUGCGCGACCCUCUGCUGGAUCAAUUCACGGGCGUGGAGUUCUUCGAUGGCGCAGAAGCGAUGGUGGCGCCGGCCAGUACGGCCGCCCCAGCGGGCUGCUGCAGCGGUCAUGUAGCUCCGAAGCUGCUACUAACGGGCGAGCAGGAGAUGAAGGGGCCUUGUAAUGUCUUCUCGAGGGCUCUUCAUCGGAUCUCGCCUGGUGGCAGCAGCAUGAGCAGCAAGCCUUCCCUGCUUCCAUCGAGGCUGGUCAGGCCAUCUCCCGCGAGCAGCGGCUCCAUAGCCGGCCCAGCGGAUCAUGGUGGUGGAGUGCAGCAGAUCUCCUCCCCUCGGCCUCCAGUGAUCAAACGAAGAAAAAACCAGGCGAAGAAAGUGGUGUGCAUUCCUGCACCGCCGGCGGCAGCGGCGGGGGCUGCGGCUGGCAACAGGCUGAGCGGUGAGGUGGUUCCAUCUGAUCUCUGGGCUUGGAGGAAGUAUGGCCAGAAACCGAUCAAGGGUUCUCCUUAUCCAAGGGGGUAUUACAGGUGUAGCAGCUCCAAGGGAUGCUCGGCGAGGAAGCAAGUAGAGCGCAGCCGAACGGAUCCCAAUAUGUUGGUCAUCACCUACACGUCCGACCACAACCACCCAUGGCCGACGCAGCGUAAUGCGCUUGCAGGAUCCACGAGAUCCCAACCGUCCAAGAACGGCCCCAGGAACAAUCUCAAGGAGGAGCCUAAUAAGGAGACCACCAGCUCGAGUGGUCAUCUGGUAAAAGAGGAGGAGAUUGGUGAGAUGGAGAAGACGAUCGAACAAGCUGGAGACACCCUCGGAUUCGACCCAAUGAUCCACCCGAGUUACAAGUUGGACCAGCCCGAUGACCUGUUCGCGGAUUUGGCGGAGUUGGAAGGCGACCCGAUGAGCCUCAUCUUCUCCAGAGGAUUCAUGGAAUCAAAGCCGGAUGAGGAGAAGGGAGUCGGUGCCUCGGAUGCGUUCGACAUGUUUGACUGGGCAGGAGGGAGCUCAUGAAGCCAAGAAGAAGAGGUUUAUUACAAGACCUUGGAGAAGUAGUCCUUUCUGUACAAGGUCUAGCUAUAAACCUUUUUUGAAUUCAUAAAGUAGGGCACUGGGGAGGGAGGGAGGGAGGGAGGGAGCGGAGGAUGACUUCUGUUGUGUGUUUCCUACUAUUUAUUAUUGUCGUUCAACAGGACAGAACAGUCUAUAGAUCAGGAUUUGGUGAAGAGAAGAAGGGAUUGGGUGUUUGAAGACCCACACGCUCGGAGUAUUGGAGGAUGGGACAGAAAGCUAAGCAACAGAAACUUUGAACAGUGGCACAAGUGAAUGUCUGAGAUGCACUGAGAAACAGAUCAGGAUUUAGUGAAAAGAAGGGAUUGGGCGUUUGAAGACCCACAACAAGCUUGGAAUAUUGGGGGAUGGGACAGAAAGCUAAGUAACAGAAACUUUGAACUGUUCCACAAGUGAAUGUCUGAAAUGCACUGAGAAAAGCCUGCAUGAAGAAUAUGAUGAGCUCCUCUUCUCUCCCUCUCGUUAGAAGUGGGGAGAAUAGUUUGACGGGUUGAAGAAGAGAAGUCUGUUCAACAUAUGCAGUGAAGAUAGAUGAGUAGAAAGAGCUUCAACUUUCUUUUACUUUUGGAACAACUCAAGCAAAAGAACAUGAUUGACAUAUAUUUGAGCAUCAAAAGAUCUAGUAACCAGUGACAGAAAAGCUUGAACAGUUGCUCUUAGCCUUUAUGGAACCAUGACAACAGUUAUUAUGAUAUGUGUUUGAUAUGUUCAGAUAAGAACUUAUGUACAAAGAUUUAGAUUCCACCCAAUCCUUCUUAAGAUGUUUGCAAUAUGAAUGGUCGACUAGACUACACUUUAACAAAAUAUUGCAGUUGACUAUUAAUGAUUGCUAUUGUGAAAUGUGUGUAAACAUUCAAUGAAUGAACAAAAGGAAUGAUGGUAGAAAUCAAUCUAAAGUGAAUAGAGAGAGAUGGAGUUCAGCAUGAAUCAUGAAAGGAUAAAAAGUUAAUCUGACUCGUGAUUUCCUGCACUCUAUAAUUCCAGUCGGUUCCUUCUGAAGCCAGAAUCCAUGGCCUCGUUGACUGGUCGUCAUUGAUUGAUUGGAAAUAUGAGACAUCAUUCAACUUGCAAUGAUAUGUAUGGAGACAACUGUAGCCACUACGCAUCUGUUGGGACACUGGGUGUGGAGUUUGAAUCGCCACCGAGAAAAAAGGAAAAGGAGAUAGAUUUGAAUCAACAAAAAGGUGUUGAUGGGAGUCCACAAUGCAUACUCGGCACAAAAGAACAAGGUUUGCCAUUUGGUCUAUCGUAAGGUAUCAAUCCACACAAAAGGAAUAGGAUCACUACAAGACACUCAACCCACCUCAUCUCUAUUGGAUGGCAUGUCCUAAGUGCUAAGAACCUUUAGAAGAGUCCGUUAAACAGUAACACAGCUGUAAGCUAGAUGACAAACACUGUAUAAAGUAUUUGUAUGAUAUCCCAGUUUAAUCUCACUUGAGUUAGUUUGCUAGGACUGAGCUUAAGUAUUUUG